UGAAGUUCCCUCGAGCCCAGCUGGUGAAUUGUGUUCCAAAAGACCUGAUGAGUGGUGGUAGGCAUCGUGAUGCGGCAGGAAUGUCGCUUGGGUUGAUUCAAGAACGACCGGGGAAAAGCGUACGGUCAUCGACCAACCGUUGGAGUGGUUGAUAUUAGUGAUGGCAUGUCGAGACCGACGGUGAGAGGCUGCUGCGUUGAUAUGCAGGCGGGCAUGCUAACGCACUAUGGCGUGCAGCUCGUGAUGAUUGAUGCGCCAAAGGGGAGCCACUCAGUAUUAAAAAAGCUACUGGGGCUCUGCAGUGGGCACUCUGCAGCCUUGUGCUCCGCGGCCAGUGAAACCAAUCUUGAGAAAGCUCGGCCCGGCCGCAACCCUUGUGAAAAGAGGAUAGAGCAUAGACAGACAAUGAUGAGAACAAGGAGACAUGAGAGAUGCCAAGAUGUCAUCGAGUUGCUUUCCAUCCAUGUUGAAGCGAGCUGCUUAACCCCUCUUGGGAAGAGGGGGAAGAGGGGGAAGAGGGCGGCUGGGAGGGGGGCCGGGGCAGGGAGGAAGCUGGGAAGGGCGCUGAGCGGCGGCAGGCAUUUUGAUGGUUUGUUUUGGUGUUGUGAUAGUUGUUGUUGUUGUUGUUGUUGUUGUUGUAGAUAUUCGUGUGGAUGACUAUGUAGUCAAGUGCCGAGUUGAGUUCUUUGGAGGUUGGCGGCGGUGGUAGAUAUAAGCUGUCGUUGGUAGAAGCUUGUGUAAUCCGAAGACUGUUUGAAGUGUCUUGAGUGUCCUGA